AUGGAAGACAUUUUUGUAGGUAGUUGCAGAAUUGUAGGGUGCUGGCAUAUGAGCUAAUCUGUGAUUAAAAUUAGUGUUUGACAAUGAGUUCUGACCACGAUGAAAGUGUUGAGCAUUUGGAUGAUCAAAAUGCACAACUUGGUGUAACAAAAAUGGAUACUGUGCCUUUAGUAAAGGAAACUGGAGUUAGUGAACAUCCAAAGCCGAAGCGGAGGAGGAGGGGGAAAAAGCGUAAACACAGGAAGGAAAGCGCCGCUACGUGUGAGAACGAGAACCACGAUGAGUGCGAGAGCGAACAGCAUGUGGAGGACGAGCAUGAAAAUCAUGUUGACUGUGAGUCGCCAACUUGGGAUUCUGACGAGGACUUGAGUUGUGAUAUAAACGCAUUCACUGAUGUUAUUAUUCGCCCUGUAAAUGUGCCUAAAGCGCCUAAAAAUUCCACACAGUUUAUUAUAGAUGAUCACAACGAAUGUCGUCUGUAUAUGAGCUUUGAGACUCCAAAUCCUUACUCAGCUGGCCCACCAAAUUUUGAAGGAAAGGAUUGUAUUUUAACUGAACCUGAUUUUGAAGAUGCUGCAUAUAGAGACAUCGAUUACGAAUAUGAAUCUCCGCAGGAUUUUGAUAAUUCUGCAUAUUAUGAUCGAGAAUUUGAACUGUCUUACAAGAGCAAUCGUUUUGAUGAACUUAUGCUGUUGCCUAGAAGUCAGUUGAUUGCAGCAUACACAAAUCUGGAGUUACGCUUGAAAGAAUUAAAUGAUGAAUUAGCUGUGGAAAAUCCUAGUCAUAUUCUGGAAAAGCUGCAAGCGGAACUUCUAGAACUGCAAGAAAAACAUAGCUUUUUAAAGGAAUGCAAUGCUAAACUGACUGCUGUGGUGUUAAAAAAAGAAUCCGAUUGCCCCGAGGAUGCUUCAUCCACAGAUUUAACAGCAAGUAUGUCAGUAUCCCACAAUGAACAUAUGUUUGACAUUAGUAGUGAUUCUGAUAAAGAACUUAGUCAAGAAGUUGCUGCUCCAGAACACUUAAGUGAUGAACCCAACAGUGGAUCUGAUUCUGAUAUCCAGAAUGUUGGAAUAAAUUCCUCGUCUGGAGAGUCAUGUGAAGAAACUAAUGAUAUUGAAGUGAGUAACUGUCCUCAACUUGUGUCUGAGGAGGAAACUGAGGAUAUUGAAGAUAGAUUAUCUCCUGAAAUUAUGUCUGAAGAAGAAACGGAUGGUAUUGAACAGAGAUUAUGUUCUGAACUUGUAUCUGAGGAAGAUGACACUAAUGGUAGUGAAAAGAGACUGUGUUCUCAGACUGUGUCUGAUGAAGAAAAUGAUGAUAUUGAAGAAAGAUUGUGUCAUCAACUUGUAUCUGGGGAAGACACUAAUGAUAGUGCAAAAAGACUGUGUUCUCAGACUGUAUCUGAAGAAGAAACCGAUGGUAUCGAAGAGAGAUUGUGUCCUCUACUUGUGUCUGAGGAAGAUACUAAUGACAUUGGGGAGAAAUUGUGUUCUCCACUUGUGUCUGAGGAACAGCCUACUCAGACUAUUAGAAAUGAUUCUUCACAUGGACAAAUUCUUUUAAAUGAUUCUAAUAGUCAUGAUAAUUACAAUACUGAAGCAUCUCACUGUACUGUUGAGGUAUGUGCAGAGUUAAAAGUUCAUGAAAAUUGCUCUGAGUUACAUGUUAAGCAAGCAAAUAUUUCUGCAAUUGAAGCACCAUAAAAAGAAAUGCUUCUGAAAGAUAGUCAGAUUUGAUCAGUCAAAUCAUCUUGUGUAUAUGCAUAAAAUCAGUGUUAGAACUGUAAUGUUUCUCUAUGUUUAAAAGUAAAAAUUCUUUCUAAAUGUUAUGUAAAUAUUGUAUGCAUUGUUACUUUUCAGUUAUGCACUUGCCGCACAUUUUGGCAUCUGUGAAAGAGAAGCCAAACAUAUGCAGAGACACGAUAAUACUGUUGGGGAACAAAUCAUCAUGUCUGUAUGUGUUUAAUUUAACACAUUUUAAUUGUGUACAAGUUAAAAAAGAAAACCUGCCAGACUGUGUGGCCAGUGCAUAACAGAAAAGCACCUAUGCGUUAUAGUAAUUAGUUUUUUAGUAAUGUGUAGAAUACAAUGCCAGCCAGCAGCUAUUUUUUAACUUUUUGAAAUGUAAAUCUUUUAAGACCUGUUCUUGAAGUGAUGUAUUUAAUACAUUUAAUGACAUUGAUUUUUAUAACAACUAACUUUUUAUUUUUGUGAUCAUAGAAUUGAGAGUUUUAAAAGUAGGGUAAUGUGUAAAAAAUUUUAAUAAUUCCUUGAUCAGAUAAAAGGGUCUACGAUAAGUCUCUGUUAUUCCAGUAAUUAAAUAAAGCUAAAACUAAUAAUGGUUUCUAAUUUAGUAUUCCAAAUUUCUGAAAUGAUGUAUAUGCUACUUAAAGUAUGAGAGAAUGCUUUAUGAUAGAAUUAAUUACCCAACUACCUAAAGUAACCUUUCAAUUUAAAAAUGUUCACGAGUUGUCAAAAAUGUUUUCAAUGUGACCAUUUAUAUUUACAUGUCAAAGUUUAGGUAAGAUGCCAUCUAUGUUGUAUUAGCAAAUACUGAACUUUUCAAAUAUAUAUUCAUAAGGAAUUUUACUUACUGGCUUUGUACUUCAUUUCUUUUGUGCCUUUGUGGAUUUGGUUCAAAAUUUCUUAUCUGGAAUAGUGUAGGAGUACCAUAUAUUUAGUUUUUAAGUUGUGUCAUUUUUUGCUACUUUUACUUCUGCCCCUUUUGGUGAAAUGUUGUUCACCAAAAGUUUUUUGUUUUUCAGGAAAUUAAGUAUUGCAUCAUUUGUAUAAUUAUUAUGUGCAGAAAUAGGUAAAAAAAAUAAUAAUUUGUAAAAAGCUAAUAAGUUUUGUCUACAGUUUACUAUUUGAGUUAGUACAUAUUCAGGCGACUUUAAACAAAUUGUUUUUCAGUCAUUAUAUUGUAUUUACGAUUGUAUUACAAAUUUUGACUAGCUCUGUAAUUUGCUGUUAAAUAGUUAGAGCUGGUAAAUUUCUUCGUCAUAUUGUGAUAUAGAAGUUCAGUAUUUCUUUUUUACUGAAGUCUGGCUAACUAACUGUGUUACUGUACAGUGCAAGUGUAAUUUUCAUUUACAUAUAUGGCUGCAUUCAUUUAGAAAUUAAUGUAGUAUUUCUUUGUCUUUUACAUUAAAAAUAGUUUUCUUUAGUAUGAAAUGUAUAUAAAUAUGCUGUUGUGUCAUCUGCUAUGGACUGCAUAUGUUUUCUUGUAUAUGGACUGUGUAAGUAUUUAAGUUGUUAUUGAAUAUUUUCUUUAUACUGAUGAACAAAGGAAUUAUAUGUAAUGAAUAAGAUUUUGAAUUUAGUUUGACUGUAGAAUUGGUUGUCCUUGCCAGAUUGGCUAUUUAUUGCAAUUUCUGAUAACAUACGUUGGUACUUCUUUAUUAUAGCAGCCACCGCCAACAUUGAAUUGCUAAUCAACUCAGGUAUCUCGUCGUGUUCUUAUACCUCGCUAUAUGUUACAUCUCGGUUGAUUAGCAAUUACAUUUUGGUGGCCAAUGUAAUAAGGAAUAACCUAUACUUUUAUUCAGAUUUUAAUUACAGUAUCUUCUAAGUUAAACAAUUUUUUUUUUUUUUUUUUGAUAAGUUACAAUUCAUAAAGUAUUUUCUAGUUAAAAAAUUACAUUGUUUUGGUAAAAGCUAUAUUUCUGUAAUGAGCUUAAUAAAAUACUUAUAAAAAUUAGUAGCAUAAUUAUAGACAGUGUGAUUUGAGUAUGAUUAUGGAAAAUUUCUCUACUAAUUUACCAGAUACUUUGGUUAAAAAUUUUUCGUUAGCUUAAUGCAGUUUUCUGUUGUUCUCUGAAAAUAUGUAAUAAAAGAUUAAAAGAUAAAAAUUAAGAUGUUCACUAUAAAAUAAUAUAUUAAGUUAUGGCAAGUAAGUCUAAAAUUUGUAAUAUUCUUUUAAUGAAAUGAGAAUUUCAUUUCUCACAUUAGCCAAACAAAGGAGGUUGUUUGUUAUCUUUCCAAAGAAAAUAUUUUAUAGGAAGUAUAAUUUUAUUAAUUCUCUUUUCUAAAUGUUAGAUUGCCCCACGUAACAUUUUGUAAAUUUUUUAGGGAAAGUAUUUAAUUUUUUAUGUAUGUAAUAGACUCAUUUUUUGAUUUGUUAAGAGUUUACAAAGUGGAAGAUUGGUUAAUGGUUAACAGGUGAAUUAUGCAUUAGUACAAUUUGUGUGAUACUGCACAAUGUUAUUUUGCAAACGUGAAAGUCUGGAAUUAUGUUAUAGGCAUUAAUAUUUUGUUGAUUAGAUGUCUAACUAUGAAAUUUGUAGGAUAACCAGCUUGUAAUUUAUUCUAGAAAUCUUAAAAGAAAUGUUUGAAGUGUGUGUGUGUAUGUAUUUUCUAACAAAUCAACAAUAACUUGAAUUUUGUUUUGCUGUCUCUAUUAGUCUUUAUUUGAACUUCUAGUCAUUUAAUAAAAUUUACUGCCUGUUAAUUAAAAAAGUUUGUUAUCUAAAAUUACAGGUUAAAUUAAGAACCAUUUGGAAAUAUUGCUUGAGAAAACUAAAAAUUAUCAGGAUUAAAAUGGCUAAGAAAUUAGCAAAUUGCUGAUUAGGAAAAUAUUCUCUUUUUAUUCUCAUCUAUUUGAUAAUUAAAAUGGGAGUAUGUCCAAUGAUAUUCUUGAAUCUGACAUUGAAGGAAAUAAACUAUCCAUUUGAUUUAUGUUAUCCAGUUUAUUUAUAUGAAGCAAGAAUAAUUAAUGAUCUUAAUUGCAUUGUCUGAAAAUUAUAUUUGUCACUCCAGAGUUUGUCCUAUGCUAUGUUGUAAAUGUCAGGUGUUUCUUCUCAAGUGCUUCAAUUAGAAGAGGAUUUUAAAGAAGUUUAUGAUUUUGACCUUAAAGAUAUGAGAAAAGUCUAAAUGUAUAAAUUGUAGUAGUGAUCAAAUAGCUAACUUUAAGUGCUGCCUAUUGCAUUGUAAGAUAUCUAAGAUAAAUGCCAAAUUGUCUGAAAAUGUUAGAAAAGCUCCUUAAACUCUUUACAUUUGGCACAUUUACACCUGAGAGCAAACUAUUAAAUAUCAAGAAAGACUUUUAGCAAGGGAUCUCACAUUCCUAUGUAGGGAUUUAAGAGGCAAAAUGUUUUUCUUUUCUUUUCUUUUUAAUUUUUUGAAAGUAUGGUCUGUGGUAAGAAUUUUUUGCAGUCUGUCUGUUCUCUGAAUGACAUUUAUUCAAUAAGCCUGUCAAAGCUUAUUUCGAUAAGCAUUUGCAGAAUUAAUAGUAUUCAAAUGUCCAAUUUAAGUCUGAAAAUUUAUGUAGAAUGUGUAAAAAGUCAUUGCUAUCAUUAUUUGUAACAGAUUACUGAAUAACUGGAAAAUAUUUAUUUUUAAGUUAUAAAACAAUUGCUAUUGCAAAAGUUUUAGCUAAUUUUAGAUCACCUGUUAACCUGUAAGUGAAUACUUAUUGUUCAAUGUAAGUGAACAAACAAUGUGUUUAAGUGAUUUGUUAAAUGUCUUUUUUAAAAUUUCCAAUGAUUUAAAAAAUAUUUUAUAUCUAAGUUUUUUCUUCAAAAUUAUUAAUUUCUAAAUUGUUAAUUUUUUUCAUAAGUUUUAUUGUCUAGGAAAAAUUCUUGCUUAUAUUUUACAUGCCUUUUAAACAAAUUUUCUUCUGUAUUCCUGAGAAAGUGUUGAUUAAGAAUUUUUUAAAUUAUAAGACUUCUGCAAGUCUUAAUAUUUUUUUUACAACUUCUUGAAAUAAUACUUUGUUUUCCAAAAAUAUUAAUUUAUAAAUAUUGAUUUGAUGCUAUCAUCCUUUAUGUUUACUUUAAUUGCCAAGUUGUAAUUAUUUUGUACAUAAAGAUAUGUACUGUAUGUGUGCUUUUAAAACAUUAUAAACUAAAUUUGUAAUCUGUAAAUAUAGCUCAAAGAAACUGCAAUAAAGAUUUUGCCUUGUAGUGAAAAAUAAUUUUAUCAUGAACAUAACAGCAUCACAUCCAAGAGCUUGAUUUAUGAAACUGGUGGCAUGGGGUAAAACAUCUUUUGGAGGCCUCUUCUCUUGUAAAGGUAGUAGGUAUCACUGAUGUAAAUUAUGCAAAGUAUUCCAUGAAAUAACCUAACACUUAAGUAUUCUUUUAUAUAAAGUUGUUUAAAUAAAAAAUAUGUUUCACUUUUCUUUAA